AUGGGUACAACAAAAAAAGGAGACACCUUUUUGGAAGGGUUAAAUAUCGAUACACAAGACAAAUAUAUUAAUAUGGAAGAAAUGCCGUGCUUGAGAAUAUUAUUUUGUCCAAACAUGGACACAUCAAAGCUAGAUUUACAAUUCAUGAAGCAAAAUUAUUCUAAUAUCGGACCUACAACAAGAUCAUUGAAUGAUGUAUUCUCUGCGUUUAAUAAGAAUCAUACACUGUUGGUCAUUGGUGCGUCAGAGAUUUUGGCAUGCUUGAAUGAAAAUAGAAAUUCUCAAGACCAUCAAUUAAGGAUUAAAAUUUGGAACAAAUUGUGUCCAAACUCACCAGCCAAGUAA